AUCCUGUCCAUGAAGCCAGCUCAUUACCACCGGAACCACAAGAAGCGCCCAGAUCUAUUUUGCCUUGUUUUUGUUUUGAACUUUAAACUUAAGCAAGGGGGUUGAACUGCGGCUAACAGGGUCACUUGUCCUCCGCGCCGCAGAGGGCGCUGUGAAAAAAAAGGACCCUUCUCACCGAUCCUUCCUAUAAUGAAAAUACCUCAACCCGAGCCGUCGGGUUUCCGCACGCAAACCUAGCCAGUCUUUUUAUUUGAAGUUGUUGCGGGCUUGGUUUCUCAUUUCCGCGCGGAAGACAAGAGGGAGGAGAAAACAAACGGGAAAACGACGGCACCUCAAGCUCCUUCCAGCGAUAAGCUUGCGAGGCAACGAAAGGGGGCGCAACUCUGGCGGCGCAUGCGCCGUCGGCAUCUGCGCCCACUGCGCAUGCGCCGGAGGUUGUAACCGUCAGGGCAAGGAAAAGAACCCCCAAGAGUUCAAAGUCGCGUUCCGGACCGUGCCCCUCCCUCCCCUGAGCAACCGUCACUUUAUUGCCGUUGGCCGGCGGCCUUCCUGUCCGCCCCUUUCAGACAGUUCCCGUCCUGUCAGGGCGUGAAGAAGGAUGCCCGGUGGUGGUGGUGGUGGUGUCUUGGGCCAGGCCGGCUCCGGCGCUGUGUGAGACAAGGCCGGGCCGGGCGGCGGGUGACCGGGGGAAGGGAUGUCGCCGUCGCCUCCCGCCGUUGGGUCCUGCCACUGCCGCCUCCGGCGGCUCUCCCCGUUUCGGUCCUCGUCCGACUCCGGGUACCGCCCGCCACCGCCGCCGUUACGGGCACAGGCGCAGCGUCGGUGUCGGCCCCAGUAGUGACGCUGGCCGCUUCCCCUCAGAGGGGACGGGACGGCGCGAGCAGGAUGCAGGCGCCGCCGCUUCAGUACGAGUUCUUCAGCGAAGAGAACGCGCCCAAGUGGCGGGGGCUGCUCGUGCCCGCCCUGAAAAAGGUUCAAAUGCAAGUCCACCCUAAACUGUCAUCUACUGAAGAUGCUUUGCAGUAUGUUGAGGAAUUAAUUCUGCAGUUGUUAAACAUGCUGUGUCAAGCUCAGCCAAGAAGCUCCCAGGAUGUAGAGGAUCGUGUCCAAAAAAGUUUUCCGCAUCCUAUUGAUAAGUGGGCUAUAGCUGAUGCACAGUCUGCAAUUGAAAAGAGGAAACGAAGAAAUCCAUUAUUUCUUCCAGUAGAAAAAAUUCAUCCAUUGUUAAAAGAAGUUCUGGGUUAUAAAGUCGACCAUCAAGUAUCUGUUUACAUAGUAGCAGUAUUAGAAUACAUUUCUGCAGAUAUCUUAAAGUUGGUUGGGAACUAUGUACGAAAUAUAAGACACGAUGAAAUUACGAAACAAGAUAUUAAAGUGGCAAUGUGUGCUGAUAAGGUGUUGAUGGAUAUGUUUCAUCAGGACGUGGAAGAUAUUAGUACACUGACUUUAUCAGAUGAAGAACCUUCUACAUCAGGAGAACAAACCUACUAUGAUCUUGUAAAGUCAUUCAUGGCAGAACUUCGGCAGUACAUAAGAGAACUAAAUCUCAUAAUAAAAGUGUUUAGAGAACCUUUUAUUACCAAUAUCAAGUUGUUUUCAGGACAUGAUGUAGAAAAUAUAUUCAGUCGAAUAUCAGAUAUUCAUGAACUUAGUGUAAAGUUGUUGGGCCUUAUUGAAGACACAGUGGAAAUGACAGAUGAAGGCAGUCCCCAUCCUUUAGUUGGAAGCUGUUUUGAAGAUUUGGCUGAGGAGCUAGCAUUUGAUUCUUAUGAACCAUACACUCAAGAUAUAUUACGGCCUGGCUUCCAUGACCAUUUUCUCAGCCAAUUAUCAAAGCCUGGGGCAGCAUUCUAUUUACAGUCAAUAGGAGAUGGUUUUAAAGAAGCUGUUCAGUAUGUUUUACCCAGGCUACUACUAGUUCCUGUUUAUCAUUGCCUUCACUAUUUUGAAGUUUUAAAGCAAUUAGAAGAGAAAAGUGAAGAUGAAGAAGACAAAGAAUGUUUGAAACAAGCAAUUACAGCCCUGCUUAAUCUUCAGAGUAGUAUGGAAAGGAUAUGCUCCAGAAGUCUUGCAAAGAGAAGGCUUAGUGAAUCUGCCUGCCGAUUCUACAGCCAACAGAUGAAGGGGAAGCAGCUGGCAUUCAAGAAAAUGAAUGAAAUCCAAAAGAACAUUGAUGGCUGGGAGGGUAAAGAUAUCGGACAGUGCUGCAAUGAAUUUAUAAUGGAGGGGACCCUCACACGUGUAGGUGCCAAGCAUGAAAGACAUAUAUUUCUAUUUGAUGGGCUAAUGAUUUGCUGUAAGUCAAAUCAUGGGCAGCCAAGACUGCCUGGUGCUAGCAAUGCUGAAUAUCGUCUGAAGGAAAAGUUCUUCAUGCGAAAGGUACAGAUCAAUGAUAAAGAUGACACUAACGAGUACAAGCAUGCUUUCGAAAUUAUUGUAAAAGAUGAGAACAGUGUUAUUUUUGCUGCUAAAUCAGCUGAAGAGAAGAACAACUGGAUGGCAGCCCUGAUCUCUUUACAGUACAGAAGUACUUUGGAGCGAAUGUUAGAUGUAACAAUGUUACAGGAAGAGAAAGAGGAGCAAAUGAGAUUCCCAAGCCCUGAAGUUUAUAGGUUUGCUGAACCUGAUUCCGAAGAGAAUAUUGUUUUUGAAGAGAACAUGCAGCCCAAAUCUGGAAUACCUAUUAUCAAGGCAGGAACAGUUGUCAAACUGAUCGAGAGACUUACAUAUCACAUGUAUGCUGAUCCCAACUUUGUUCGAACAUUUCUUACAACAUAUAGGUCAUUUUGUAAGCCACAGGAAUUAUUGAGUCUACUCAUAGAAAGGUUUGAAAUUCCAGAACCUGAACCAACAGAAGCAGACCGGAUAGCUAUGGAGAAUGGAGAUCAGCCUCUUAGUGCAGAAUUAAAAAGGUUUAGAAAGGAAUAUAUACAACCUGUACAGCUACGAGUAUUAAAUGUAUGCAGACAUUGGGUUGAGCAUCACUUCUAUGAUUUUGAGAGAGAUGUUGAUCUUCUGCAACGACUAGAAGAAUUCAUUGCCACAGUUAGAGGGAAAGCUAUGAAGAAAUGGGUUGAGUCAAUCACAAAAAUAAUCCAUAGGAAAAAGCAAGCACAAGCUAUUGGGCCAAAUCAUAUUACUUUUGAAAGCUCACCACCUCCAAUUGAAUGGCAUAUAAGCAGGCCAGGACACGUUGAAACAUUUGACCUGCUCACUUUGCAUCCAAUAGAAAUUGCUCGGCAGCUCACUCUACUUGAAUCUGAACUAUACAGGGCUGUGCAGCCAUCGGAGCUGGUUGGAAGUGUAUGGACAAAAGAAGAUAAAGAAAUCAAUUCUCCUAACCUGCUCAGAAUGAUAAGACAUACCACUAAUCUUACCUUGUGGUUUGAAAAAUGCAUUGUAGAAACAGAAAACCUAGAAGAAAGAGUGAUGGUAGUUUGUCGGAUAAUUGAGAUCUUGCAAGUUUUUCAAGAACUAAACAACUUUAACGGUGUUCUUGAGGUUGUCAGUGCUAUGAACUCUGCACCAAUUUACAGACUGGAUCACACCUUUGAACAAAUCCCAAGCCGACAGAAAAAGAUCUUUGAAGAAGCUCAUGAACUUAGUGAAGACCACCAUAAGAAGUACUUGGCAAAGCUCAGGUCUAUUAAUCCUCCAUGCGUGCCUUUCUUUGGAAUUUAUUUAACAAACAUCUUAAAAACAGAAGAAGGCAAUCCUGAAUUUCUAAAAAGGCAUGGAAAAGAGCUGAUCAAUUUCAGCAAACGGAGGAAGGUGGCUGAAAUAACUGGGGAAAUCCAGCAGUACCAAAACCAGCCAUACUGCCUAAAAGUAGAGCCUGACAUCAGGAGAUUCUUUGAAAAUCUAAAUCCAAUGGGAAAUUGCUUGGAAAAAGAAUUUACAGAUUCUCUUUACAACAAGUCCUUAGAGAUCGAGCCACGUAAUGUCAAGCCACCUCCAAGAUUUCCCAAAAAAUACAACUAUUCCCUCAAAUCUCCGGGUAUUCGGCCAUCAAAUCCAAGGCCAGGCACCAUGCGGCACCCGACACCUCUGCAGCAAGAACCAAGAAAAAUCAGUUACAGUCGUGUCCCUGAAAGUGAAACUGAGAGUACUGCUUCAGCACCAAACUCCCCAAGAACUCCGCUCACCCCACCUCCUCCAUCAUCCACUUCCAGCGCCGCAGAUGCUUGUAGUGUAUUUGACUCAGAUCCUGCAACCCCUUUUCAUUCAAGGUCUGCUUCUGUGUCCUCUAUAAGUUUUCCCAAAAGCUCAGAUGAAAUGACUGUUCCUCCUCCUAUACCUCCCCGAAGACGGCCAGAAUCUGCUCCUGCAGAAUCCUCUCCAUCAAAGAUUUCUUCUGCACAUCUGGAUAGCCCACCAGCAAUUCCUCCUCGACAGCCAACAUCAAAAAUUUAUUCACCGAGAUACUCGGUGCCAGACAGGACCUCCCUUUCAGAUGCCCCAGAAAGCCCACCUGUAUUGCCACCACGGGAACCUGUGCGAACUCCUGAUGUUUUUUCUAGUUCACCUCUCCAUCUCCAGCCACCACCUUUAGGCAGAAAAAGUGAACUUGGAAAUACUUUCUUUCCCAACAGCCCCUCUCCAUUUACUCCUCCGCCUCCACAAACCCCUUCUCCCCAUGUAUCACGGAGGCAUUUGCCAUCACCCCCUUUGAUACCCCAAGAGACGGACCUCCAUCCUGUUGCUGGGCCACCAGUUCCUCCACGGCAAAGCACUUCUCAGCAUAUCCCAAAGCUUCCUCCAAAAACUUACAAAAGAGAGCCCACACAUCCAUUGAUGCAUCGUGAUGGACCUCCCCUGCUGGAGAAUGCCCACUCUACCUGAAUUCUCCCUUACACUAGAGAGAGUGCUUGCUCUGGUGCCAUGUCUGUUGCUGGCAAUAGAUUCACUGUACCUUUUGGCAUCAAGGAGUUGAGCUGUGAUGCUCCUAACACUAAAGACUCUACAGUAAAUUUGAUAUAUGGUGUAGACAUACAUGAAUCUUAAUAAGAGGUUCCCUGUCAUGGAAGAAAACUGUUGCUGUUUGUUAGUAUAGAAUGCAGGACGCUGUUCUAAAGUCUCUGGACAUCUGAAUGUACCAGUAAUCAGACUUGCAGAUCUCUUUGGGCCAAUAAGCAGACACCAUGCUUUGUGUAAUGUCCAGUGAAGGAUGAGAAAUAUAGUCCUGUCAUCAUCUGUCGAUCGCAUUGUAAGGUCUUGGAGUGAAACUAUUAUGCACUUUUUAAAAAAUUCUCAAACAGAGAACUUGGUAGUAUCCUUAAUGUUCUUUUGUUUUUAUUCCCUGCUUUCAAAUCAUGAACUGGACUGUGAAGAAGAUCUGUGGUACUGAAUCAACCUAAAGCUAAAGCAUAGCAUUGUACUGCAGUACUGUUUACAAACUGUUACUAGUCCAUUGUGGGUACCUAGGCUUCACCAAAGAGGUACUUUCCUUCUAUAUGAAUAUUAUGGUGCCAGUUCAAAAAGAAAUUCAGCCGGGAAGCAGAAUGCCUACUUUUUGCCUUCUUUAAACAAAUUAUAUGAAUGACACCAAUGAAAAACUGCAAAACAUAGCAGAGCUAAAUUUAUCCCUAUAUUUAGAAGACUGUUAAAUUUGGACUAGGUUAGGUCUUCUUCAUCUUAAGGUUUACUGGUAACCCGCUUUAUGGCUGGUAGUGCAACAUCUUUGAUUAUGCCAUGGAAAUGCAAAGGAUGAUCCGCUGGCCAUAUCUCAAUUAUCACCAUGUUUUAACUAACAGUAGAUAGAUGAAUAAUCAGCACCCGUAGAAUCGCCUUGUAGUUGCAUAAAUAAAUCAUGUGUAUAUAGUGAAUGUUGCAUAUACUUACAGAUUGUUUUUAAUUUAAUUGAAAUAAAGAUACAGAUAUUUUGUCUGGCUGACAUAUAUUAAAUUAUUGCAUUGCUAAAUGUACAUUUCAAUUUGAAGCUGUAAGAAGGAGACACAUGUUGUGGUACACACACUUCUCUUUCUAGCUCAUUGUUCUAGUCUAUAAAGCAUAAACAGAGGAAAUCCUAGGUUUGGAAAUAAAGGUGAGUUAAAGGUGGCUCAGUGCUAGCAUCUGUGUACUUAAAAUAUAAUGCAUAUCAUGCAAUAUCAAAUUCCAAACUCUGUUUAAUCUUAUAGACUUCAGUAUUGAUCUUUAUUACUGUAUGUCAGAAGUUUGAAAGAGACUAAUGUAUGUGAGUUGGAUUAUCCAUAGACCUGUGAACUGGGCUUCUAAUUCCCAGUACCAUGAUGAUAAUGCAUGCUACUUAUUGAAGAUAUUUUAAUUAUUUCUGCUACACUGGGAUUUGUGAAUGGUGCAGUAGUUGUAUCCUUGGUUGCUAAGACUCAUAGAAUAUUUUUGGGAAAACAAAAAUACAUUUCAGCAAUCUAAAAAGCCAUGUCAGUGGAAUAGUGUUGACAGAAGACUAUAUCACAGUGAAAACCUACUGUUCUAAGACAUUUCUUCAGCACUAUGCAGUGUGGUCUUUGCAUUUCAGGAAGUGUUCAUUUAAUCUGGUUUAAACGAAUUCCUUUUUAGCUGUACAUGUACAAUAUGCAAACUCAAAGGAAGGGUGUUCUGGAAAAAAUAUAAUGGCAAAACUAUGUUAGGUUGAUAUUCAGCUGCUGAUAAAGGUUUCUAGAAAUAUUUAACUUUUCAAGGAAAUGUCGGGAAAGUAGUCUCCAUAUAAGCUCAGUGUUUUUAUUUCAUUUGUAACACAGAAGAAAAUGGAAAAAAAUUCUGCCAUAAGAAGUUUACUGCAAAUAAAACCAGUCCAAUCCAGCCAGCCAGAUGAGAACUUUCUUUGUAUGUCAUUCUCCAGGCUUGGCCUACUAGAGGGGGAAAAAGAGUUCCCAUAGUCAAGGCAAUAAGUACAUUUUUAGGAUAUGGUAAAUGAAACAAACGACUUUACAUUUGGUAAUUCUGUUCAGCAUUUGCUACCUACAGUGUCUUACAGAAGUCUAGUCUACUAUUAACCCUUUAAUAAAAAGCUUUUACAGUAACACAAUUCACAUAAAUAUUUGCAGCAGCCCCAAAAGUGCUAGGGUUGCCCUGCCUGAUGCAAUCCAGCUGACAAAUGGGUAAGUCAUUGGCUUUAAAGCUGAAAUACUAAGUGAAUCCAUUUAUACUGGUUUAGGCAAAAUAUUCAAACCACUAAACAAAGCAUCAGCUGGACUUUUGGAAAUGCAGAUCUUAACCCUCUGAAUACUAUAGACUCCCAGAGACACAGUGAAGUGGAGACUAUACCUGAGUGAUCUGUGGGCUCUGCCACAGGCCUCUUCCCACAGUCAGCUUCCAUUAUGUGAAGGAGUAAGACUGAAACUGUUGCUGUCUUAGAAUAGAAUUAGUCUGAAGUUGCCCAAGCAAUCUGUUAUUGAGCUCCUUUUUGGUACAGUGGAAUACUUUCCAUGUUAUUUAAUAAUCUUUUAAAAAAAGCACUGAGCUCUUCCAGAAAACAUAUUUGCAACUUGUUGAAAACCCUAAUGGAAUUGCUACAGUCCCCUUAAACCACUUUGUGACUUUCCUAAGACUUGGUUGAGACACAGAGAUGCUAUCCCUUAGGUAAGAUCAUAUCUUUAUUUGAUUAAAUAUUGGUAUACACCAGCUUCUCUGUUACAUAGAAUACUACACAGUAAAAAAUACACUAUUUUCCAUGCAGCUAGGAUCUGUUAGUAUGGAGGCAAUAUGAUCCAUUGUUAUGUAGCUGAACAUUGGCCAAAAUGGAAUUGUCUCUUAAUUAUAUAUUACAUACCAGCUAAGUGGCUUAAAAACAUCCUUUAACUGGAGGAGAAAACUUGUCCCUUUUUUGUGACUCAGCAUGCAACUGAUAAUGUCUAUGAUGAUUUCUUAACUUGGAGCAAUUUUCCAUUUGCAUAUGACGAUUUGGGCCAUGCUAUUAGAAGAGGAUAAUAAACUUGCCUUUUUCUGGAGCCAUGUUAUUUUAAUGAAUAAAGAAAAAAAUAAUCAAAUUGUAUUAAAUCAGUCAGUUAUCGUGUUUUAACCAUAUUAUGCUGCACAAGCCUACUUUCUUAAAUGGCGGGUAUCAUUGUCACUUGCUUUUGUGUACCCUGGUGUUUUAAAAGUCAGGUCUGAAAUGUUAAAAGUUUUGUUUUGUUUUGUUUUGUUUUUAACUAAGACUAGUUUCCCUCAAAAGUCAGUGGAUUUUUCAGGUUCAUCUGCUGAGUUGCACAUAAAAAUUGGCCAAAAUCCAAACAGCUGUGCAUUGGGUUCUAUUCUGCUACCCAUCAUUGAAAAGUGUCUCUGUAGGGGAUGGAGUUCGUACCUGGGGAAUACAAAAGCAAGGGCAAGUGAUACCUUUAUUGGACCACUAUUUUUUUAAAAAAAUUGCUAGCUUUUGAUCUAUAGCAGUCUUCAUCAGGCUGGUGUGAAUAGUGCAGGAAAGAAAAUAUGGAAGUCCCAAAAGUCAUGACAGGUCUGUUUUUUAAAGGUGAGUUCAAAAAUGCAGACUACAAAGUCAGGAAUGUAGAUUUCAAAUUCCACCCCUAGUGGCUGUUGGUUGGAUUUUCUCUCCCAACUCCUCAGGCAUUCUUCUAAUGGUAAGAACUGUUGAUAUUGUUCUUACAAGUUCUUAAUUUUUAAACAUAGGAAUGUGAUCUCAAGCCACCUUUGCUCUACAAAGUAAUUUGUCUCACUGAUGUGACUAGGAUGGGUGUGUGGUUGUUGUAGACUAGUAGCAUCUACACAUCAGCACAUUGUGUAUAAAUGGAGUAGUCUUGAUUAGAACCAAGUUGAGUCCUUUAAUAGUUUCUUUUGACUGCCUAUUGUCUGUGUACGUUCUUGUCAGUGUGUCUUACCUACUUACUGUUCAGUGUACCAAAAAUGCAUAAAAUAAAUCCUGGUUAUUGCUCCUUUGCCUUUAUAGUUGGGAAACGGGAAGCCUUGCUGUAAACACCCAAGAGGCAGGCUAGUGCAAGGAAUAAUUCUCAUCUGGUUGCGUUAAACUUGGCUCUAAAACGGUUUUAAUUCUCAUUUCCAUAUUUCUUUGUGGGUUUAUGAUGAUUCUAAGAAAAUUAACUGCAAGCUAAUGACAAGUAUAAAGCCAAAAGAACUUGGAUUUUUGAAAACUGCACACCUUUUUUGCCGUUUAAAAAACCUUGAAGUGCAUUUUUAUCAACUCUGAGCAAAUUCCCCUUUUGCCUUCAAAGACAAAAUAGUGCAUUUAAGCAAUCAGUAGUUACAAAAUUCAAAUUGAGUGACCUUGUUAAAACUGUCAUGCACCCAGAUGGAAGAGAAAAUCUUGUGCCAGAUGUAUGCAACUUUUCAGUAGCUGCCAAAUGUGCCUUUUAAAUUCUUUCUUUCUUUUUCUUUUUGAAACAAUAGAUUCUCUUGUUGGGUGGGGUCUUAUUUCAGGUAACAUUUCUUAUUUGCCAAUCUAGAAACCAAGCUUUCUGGUUCUCUUUGUACACGUUUACGUUUUGAUGAAUUAUGAUAAUUCCUAUAUUGAAAAUGUAUUGCCUUCAAUUUAAUGGCAUGGAUACUUUGCUAAAUGGUUAAGAAGCUAUGGCAGUCCAAUCCAGCUGUAUAAGGUUGAAGUGGUGAUAUCUAAACUGGCAAAUCUUAUUGGCCUGUGUGUACCUAGUCAUGUAUGUAGGUCAGCUUUGUAUGCUAUGUUUGCAAUGGUAUUCAGAUUGCAUUUAAACUGAAAAUUAAUAGUGGCUGUUACUUUUUGGCAUUCAAGAGAUCUGUUCUUUUAAAAAAAUAAAAUGCCUUACAUAUCUCAUAAGUGUAUAUCUUUGUACAUGUGAUAAGUUAGGUCGGCUAGUAUGCUUUGUUAUUUUUAUUUAGUUUGUCGUAUCUGGGGGUAUAAAGAGCCAUGUAUCCACUUGAAAGGGAAAAAUAAAUAUUGUGUUAGAUAUUUGCAACUUUCAGUAGCUGCCAAA